GCUGAAGAUUGGGAAAAAGAGAAAGACAGACAUGUGAGGGAAGAAGGAGGUGGUCUUUACACAGCAGACAAUGAUCACUUCUUUGGCUGAAAAAAAUCUGAAAACUUGCUUAACAGUAGUCGCUCCCUACACUGACGAAUGGGCGUGGAUUCGCUCUCACUCUAGUAGGCGCGACUGCUGUGAUGACUGUCCUAAUUUGUUGAUUAAGUAAAAGAUUUGAAGGACUUCAAAGAAAUUAAACACGAAAAUGGAGAGACGUACAGACAUUGAAAAAUAGCGACUGCGUUGCCCACUACCAGCUGCUUCUCUUGCCUUGAGGUUGACAACCGGGAAUAGGUUUGUUCUUCUGGUGCGCGAUAAGUUGAGGGCUGACAGUGCAGCCCUCCUUCAGCUCCUCUCCCAGUCAGGUCUUUGCCGCGACCGGGCCUUUUUUACAGGGCGCGCUCACUCUCCCUAAGGUGUUUUGCAGCUAUGAGAUCCGGUUCUUCCUCUCUAGGCCUUUUACGGCAGGGUCGAGCGGCGCGGACCAUCAUGGAGCGCUAUCGACAGAUACGGCCUGCGCCGUAUGACACUGGAAAGCCAUCGCCAAAUACGCGAUUUAGAGAGCAAGAUCAUGCACAUGCAAUAGAGAAUCAGACGUCCUCGGAGAACGGUUCAAGCGCCUUCCGCCAUCAGGGAGAUUUUUUGUUCCAGACAUCUACGGAAGUGGACGUCGACGCGAAAGGACAAAGUUGUACCUACUUCACUACUUGUUUUUAUCAGACGUUCGAAAACAUGACGAUACUACUUCAUUACAUCAACGUGUAAGGAAGAGCAUCGUCAUCCUCUUUGUGUUAUUGCUAGCACUCAGACGCAGAUAUCAUAAUUAUGGUGGGAUAUACUUCUAGAAAGAAUCAAGUAGAAGCUACUACCUUUGAAGAUUACAUCAAGGGCGCGUAAAUCCAUCUUUUGAUUAUAUGUUAUCACGGAAUCUUCAAGCCUGUGAUUAGCACACACACUUAAAUGUAACCCCAAGAGUACCCAUACCCAUACGCACUCAUCACGACCAUAGGGCGACAUUUACAUUUGGUGCCGGAAGCUUGGUGCAGCUGGCGGAAGGAUGAGCGUGGACAACCGUCCAUUCGCGGAAGUCGGCACUAA